AUGAUUCCCAGGACGGUGACCUCGAAUGAGGUUUACAUCUUGCCUCUGAAGGAUGAUGGUGCUCCCGAUAUCCCUGGCGAGUACAUAUACUUGGCACCAAGAUCUAAGGAUCCCAUAACUAUACGAUUUACGAUCGAGGGCACGUCGUCAAUAUGUAGACAAGGUAGUUUAUGGGUUAAUAUCCCGGAACGGGGAUCUGAGUUUUCCAGAGAUCAGUUUCGCGAAUACAAACUAAAUCCCGACUUUAAUCGAACGAUAGAGAUCUCGAUCCCUGUCUUCGAAGCUGGUGCUUUCGCUUUCUACACUACCUAUGCCGAACUGCCCGAGCUGUCUUCUGCCUUGAGCUCGAACACAUCGGGUACGGUUGGAUCUAAAAAGACGCCGUUAUACUACAUUGAUGUCGCUCCUAGGUUAUCUCUAGAUGGCCGACCCUUGCCGUUACCAGCACUGUCCGUAUUUUCUGUUAUCAGCAAAUUCUUGGGCAAAUACCCAACCGACUGGGAGAGGCAUCUGCGAGGUAUCAGCGGCCGCGGGUACAACAUGAUACAUUUUACCCCCCUUCAAGUUCGAGGAGCUUCAAACUCUCCCUACAGCUUAUAUGAUCAGCUUGGAUGGGAUCCAGAGUGCUUUCCUCAAGGGGAGAAAGAUGUAAAGCAGAUGGUGGAUAGUCUGGAGCACAACCAUUCCCUUCUCAGCUUAACCGACAUAGUCCUAAACCAUACCGCACAUAACAGCAAGUGGCUUUUUGAACACCCAGAAGCUGGGUAUAAUCUCACCACUGCCCCUUGGCUAGAGUCGGCCUACAUUCUUGACACCCAACUCCUGGUUUUUGGCUCCAAGUUAGAGGAGCUAGGAUACCCCAAGGAGCUCAAAUCUACAGAUGACCUCAUCAAGAUCAUGGACGGCAUAAAAAAGCAUGUUGUUGCCGAGCUUCGCCUAUGGGAGUACUAUGCGCUUGACGUCGACAGAGAUGCGGAUGCUGCAAUCGAGUCCUGGGCUGCUGGAAAGUCGAGUGCUCCUGAGGAAACUGGAAAGGAUGACCUGACUAAACUGGAGGUUAAGGAACAAGCCCUCUACUUAGUUCAGAAUGGCCUAGUUGGGAAUGACAGGCUUGGCGAACGCUUUCGGCGACGUAUUGACCCAAAAGUUUCGGCCGGGUUGAUCGUUGCUCUCUUUGGGAAGUACAGGGGUGAGGCAGAUGAGGCGGCUAUCCGAACCAAAGUUGCUCAGAUCUUGGAUGUGGUUAAUGUUCCAUUCUACGAGGAGUACGACAAGGAAAUCGGAGAAAUUCUCCAACAACUAUUCAAUAGGAUCAAGUAUGUCCGCAUCGACGAGCAUGGACCAAAACUUGGUCCCAUUGAUCAGAACAAUCCCUUGAUUGAAACAUACUUCACACGCCUAGAUAAGGCUAAGGCAUCUGAUCAAUUGAAAUCCGAGGAUUUGGUUCUCGUCAAUAACGGUUGGGUAUGGGCUGGGAACGCUCUGGUGGACAACGCCGGUCCCAAAUCGCGCGUGUACCUACGACGCGAAGUUAUCGUUUGGGGUGAUUGCGUUAAGCUUCGUUACGGAAAUGGCCCUGAAGAUAGUCCAUGGUUAUGGGAGCAUAUGACGAAAUAUGCCCGCAUGUUGGCAAAGUACUUUGCUGGUUUCCGAAUUGAUAACUGCCAUUCUACCCCUAUUCAUGUUGCGGAGCAUAUCCUUGAUGAGGCCCGUCGAAUCCGGCCUAACUUAUAUGUCGUGGCAGAGUUAUUUACAGGCUCGGAGGAGAUGGAUUACGUCUUUGUCAAGAGGCUGGGAUUGAGCUCGUUAAUCAGAGAGGCAAUGCAAGCCUGGAGCACUGCAGAACUCAGCAGACUGGUACAUCGCCACGGCGGGCGCCCCAUUGGUAGUUUUGAAGUCGAUGAAAUCUCAAAGGGUCCGAUUGGAAGUGCUCCAACGAGCCCCGGACUUAAUGACUAUUCUCCUCGAGAGGUCAUUCGCCGAAUCAAGCCUGUACCAGUCCAGGCCCUGUUUAUGGAUUGCACGCACGAUAAUGAGGUUCCUGCACAGAAGAGAGAUGCUCGUGAUACUUUACCAAACGCUGCCUUGGUGUGCAUGUGUUCCAGUGCGACUGGAAGUGUAAUGGGAUACGAUGAGAUAUAUCCGAAACUUGUUGAUCUCGUAAACGAGACUAGGCUUUACACGUCUGAGUCGUCUUCUGCCAAAGAAAUUAAAAUUGGCGGCGGCAAAGGUGGUAUUGGAGGUGUCAAAAAGCUACUUAAUCAAAUCCACACACUGAUGGGCAAAGAUGGUUACGACGAAACACAUAUACACCACGAGGACGAAUAUAUUACCGUCCACAGAGUACACCCCGAGUCGAGGAAAGGAUAUUUCCUCAUCGCUCACACUGCUUUCCCGGGCUACGGGAAUGGCAAUGGUGCAUUUAGUGCUGUGCGCCUUAGCGGCACAAAAGCGCGGCACUUGGGAAGUUGGAUGCUAGAGGUUGAUGCUAGCGAGGAAACGAAAAAGGAGACCGAGGGUGACGAAAAAUACCUACGAGGGCUCCCAAGUCGCGUGAUUGAUGUGCCUGGUAUUCGACUAGAAGCCAAGGCGGAUGAGACAGUUGUCACAGUGCGCGACAAGUUUCCGCCUGGAAGUAUUGCGCUUUUUGAAACCUGGAUUCCGGCUGCAGAACAUUCAUCAGGCUUAGAUAACUACGUCACAUCUGGGGCUAAGGAAGCGAUGGCCGAGCUGGAUUUAGUCGAUCUCAACUUCCUGCUAUACCGCUGUGAAGCUGAAGAGCUCGAUGGUAGUGGCGGCAAAGAUGGAACCUAUGAUAUUCCAAGCCAUGGUAAGAUCGUAUAUGCGGGCCUUCAGGGCUGGUGGAGUCUUCUGAAGGAUAUCAUUAAGGACAACAACUUAGCCCACCCUCUUUGCCAAAACCUCCGCGAUGGACAAUGGGCCUUGGAUUAUACGGUUGGACGUCUCGAGAGAAUAAGUCAACAGUCGGAGUUUGCCGGUCUUACUAAACCCGCGGCUUGGCUUAAGGAGCGUAUCGACGCAGUUCGAAGUAUUCCCAAUUUCCUUUUACCGCGAUAUUUCGCACUUAUUAUACGAACUGCAUAUAAGGCGGCCUGGGAAAGAGGUUUGGAACUUAUGAACGAAAAGGUGCAGAGUGGUCAGUGGUUCCUUCAAAACCUAGCCUUGGUCAGCGUGCAAAUGACAGGGCUGGUCAAGUCAGGUUCACUUUGGCCCAAGAAAUUUGUCCCCUCUCUGGCUGCUGGUCUACCACAUUUCGCUGUCGAAUGGGCAAGAUGCUGGGGCCGUGAUGUCUUCAUCUCUCUUCGUGGUCUAUACCUCGGAACUGGUCGGUUUGAAGAGGCAGCGGAACACAUAUUUGCAUUCGCUAGUGUUCUCAAGCAUGGUAUGAUUCCUAAUCUUCUCAGCAGCGGAAACCUUCCGCGAUACAAUAGUCGGGAUUCCAUCUGGUUCUUUUUGCAGUGUAUCCAGGAUUACACUCGAUAUGCCCCAGAUGGUGUGAGCCUCCUGACACGAAAAGUUAAACGACGCUUCCUACCAUACGAUGACGUCUGGUUUGACUCAGAAGACCCGAGAGCAUACUCAACAGAGAGCCUGAUACAAGGCGUUAUCCAGGAGGCGCUGCAACGUCAUGCGACUGGGCUGAAAUUUCGCGAAGCCAAUGCAGGACCAGGCAUUGACUCCCAGAUGCGCGACGAGGGUUUCAACAUCGAGGUUAAUGUAGACUGGUCAAAUGGUAUUAUCUUCGGCGGCAACCAGUUCAACUGCGGUACCUGGAUGGACAAGAUGGGUGAAAGUGAACGCGCUGGCUCGAAGGGCAUCCCCGGUACUCCUCGAGAUGGUGCUGCUGUUGAGAUUACCGGCUUACUUUACAGUACUCUGAAAUGGUUGGCUAAGCUUAAUGCGGAUGGCAAGUAUCCGUAUAAGAGCGUGACGAAAGCCGAUGGGACCGAGAUCACCUUCUCGGCUUGGGCCGACCUACUGAAGUCAAAUUUCGAAAAUUGUUAUUACGUACCGGUCGACCCAUCAGAAGACGCCAAAUACGGUGUAAAUCCAAAGGUUGUCAACCGACGUGGUGUCUAUAAGGACCUCUACCGUUCCGGAAAGGAGUACGAAGACUACCAGCUGCGGCCUAACUUUACCAUCGCCAUGACCGUCGCUCCGGAUCUCUUUGACCCUGAGCAUGCUCUUGGCGCUCUCGUCUUGGCGGACAAAGUCCUACGUGGACCAACCGGAAUGGCAACACUUGACCCCUCGGACUUGAAUUACCGCCCCUUCUAUAUAAAUAGUGAGGAUUCGACCGAUUUCGCUACGUCCAAAGGCCGGAACUAUCAUCAGGGCCCUGAGUGGCUUUGGCCCACGGGAUUCUUCCUACGCGCGCUACUGAAGUUCGACCUCAUGAGACGGGAUACCCAGCAUGGGCGUGUCGAGGCGUUCCAACAGGUUACGAGGCGACUGAGCGGUUGCAAGGAGAUGAUUAGGCAGAGCCAGUGGGCAGGUCUUACGGAGCUCACGCAGAAGGAUGGCCAGCACUGCGACGACUCGAGCCCCACGCAAGCCUGGAGCGCGGGAUGCCUCAUCGACUUGUACAUGGAUGCCGCUGACUAUGGCAUGGAGUAA